AAAAAACAAACAAAAAAUCAGACUGUGGUUGAACGUCUGUGGUUGAAUGUGUGACGUGUGUUGGAUGUGUGACAUCAGCUCCUGGGGAACCCUGCAUCCUUCUGUGCGCCCUGGAGCCCUGCUCUCGUGUCACUUCAUGUCUCUCCCUGUCCCUUUCCCUUGGGGUCUGCUUGCCACACACUGUGGAGCCCAUGCCCAUCAAGCCCCCCCGAGUGCCAGCCUUGCAUAGGGACACCUCUGGGCCAUAGGUUCUGGGCUGCCAGGCCCCCAGCCCAGCCCCACUCAUGUGGGCCCCACCCACCCACACUAGGAGCUUCCUCUUAAUCUGUGGUGAUUGGCAUUCACUCACUGGCCAGGUGGCCUGAAAUGCUGGCUCCAUACCCAGCUUCGACCCUGCAGCUCACCUGGGCAGAGUCCCCUGCGCUAUCCCUGUCUCAGUCCUGGACACACUAGAACUUGUACAUCCAGGGCCCUCACCUUGGGAUCCUACCCCAGAACCCCUCAUCAUCUGCCCCAUCACAGCUUCCUCCAAGACCCCAAAGCCUCCUGCCCUCAGGGACCCCAGGUAGACCUGUCCUGCCUAACCCUCGUUCCUGUCCCCAUGACAACGAUGCUCCUGACCAGUCAGCCUCUCCCCUCCUCCCCUCCUCCUUACCCCAGCCACUUCCACAUUUCCCACUACUAGUUCCUCCUUGUACGUCAGAGUCACUAAACAGCUGGCUCCUCCUCACUUCCUCCUCCCUGGGGAUCAGACGGACUGUCCUACCCAGGGUUCCAUACCCAGGACCCUCUCUGGCCAAGGACAGCCCAUCAGUGGAUCUCAGCCCACUACUCAGAACCAGGGUACCUAUCAUGUGCCAAGCACUGGGGACACAGCCACUUAUAAGACUGUUAGAAUACCUGCCUCGUGGAGCUGGCAUUCACCAAGCGAGUGAAUAAGUGCUGCAGAGGGCUGCGAUGGGACGGAAGCCAUGAAUGGUGCCGCCUCCGGCCCCGCCGCCCCCGCCGCCCCGGUCCCGGUCCCGGUCCCGGUCCCGGUCCCGGACUGGCGGCAGUUCUGCGAGCUGCACGCACAGGCGGCCGCCGUGGACUUCGCGCACAAGUUCUGCCGUUUCCUGCGGGACAACCCGGCCUACGACACCCCGGACGCCGGGGCCUCCUUCUCCCGCCACUUCGCCGCCAACUUCCUGGACGUGUUCAGCGAGGAGGUGCGCCGCGUGCUGGCGGCCGAGCGCGCGGACGCCAUGGAGCCCCGGCCGGCGGCGCUCAAGGCGGCGGCGUGCGGCCACUCGCGGAGCUCCGAGGACGUGUCGGCGCGCGCGGCGGCCAAGGCCCGCGUCCGCAAGGGCUUCUCGCUGCGCAACAUGAGCCUGUGCGUGGUGGACGGCGUGCGCGACAUGUGGCACCGGCGCGCCUCGCCCGAGCCCGACGCCGCCGCGCGGGCCCCCGAGCCCCCGGCCGACGCCCGCGACAGAUGGACGCGGCGCUGGCGGCUGUCGCGGACGCUCGCGGCCAAGGUGGAGCUGGUGGACAUCCAGCGCGAGGGCGCGCUGCGCUUCAUGGUGGCGGACGAUGCGGCCGCGGGCCCCGGGGCCGCCCAGUGGCAGAAGUGCCGCCUGCUCCUGCGCAGGGCCGUGGCCGGCGAGCGCUUCCGCCUGGAGUUCUUCGUGCCGCCCAAGGCCUCCAGGCCCAAGGUCAGCAUCCCCCUCUCAGCCAUUAUCGAGGUCCGUACCACCAUGCCCCUGGAGAUGCCCGAGAAGGACAACACGUUUGUGCUCAAGGUGGAGAAUGGAGCAGAGUACAUCCUGGAGACCAUCGACUCGCUGCAGAAGCACUCCUGGGUGGCUGACAUCCAGGGCUGCGUGGACCCUGGGGACAGUGAGGAAGACGCAGAGCUGUCCUGUGCCCGGGGAGGCUGUCUGGCCAGCCGCAUGGCCUCCUGCAGCUGUGAGCUCCUCACGGAGGUGGACCUGCCCCGGCCCCCAGAGACAACCGCAGCCGUGGUGACAGCCCCGCACAGCCGAGCUCGAGAUGCCGUCGGCGAGUCCCUGGUCCAUGUCCCACUGGAGACCUUCCUGGAGACUCUGGAAUCCCCGGGCGGCAGCGGUGGUGACAGCAGUAACACAGGGGAAGAGGGAGCAGAGCCCGAGCCCGAGGUGGCGCCUGAGCUGGAGCUCUCCGACUACCCCUGGUUCCACGGGACGCUGUCCAGGGUCAAGGCAGCUCAGCUGGUGCUGGCAGGCGGGCCCCGGAGCCACGGCCUCUUUGUGAUCCGCCAGAGUGAGACUCGGCCUGGGGAAUACGUACUGACUUUCAACUUCCAAGGCAAGGCCAAGCACCUGCGCUUGUCCCUGAACGGCCACGGGCAGUGCCACGUCCAGCACCUGUGGUUCCAGUCGGUGCUUGACAUGCUGCGCCACUUCCACACCCACCCUAUCCCGCUGGAGUCAGGGGGCUCCGCAGACAUCACCCUGCGCAGCUACGUGCGGGUCCAAGGCCCCCCGCCUGACCCGGGGCCCUCGCCGAGCGCCGCGCCGGCGCCCCCCGCCUGCUGGAGCGAGCCGGCCGGCCAGCACUACUUCUCCAGCCUCGCUGCCUGCCCGCCCGCCUCUCCCUCCGAGGCCGGCGGCGCCUCGUCCUCUUCCGCCUCCUCGUCCUCGGCUGCCUCCCUGCCCGCCGCCCCGCGCACCACCGAGGGCCUGCUGAGCGCUCGCAGCCGCAGCAACAGCGCCGAGCGGCUGCUGGAGGCGAGCGGUGCCGAGGAGCCCCCGGAGGCCGCGCCCGGCGACGGAUCCCGCGGCCGCACGCGCGCGGUGGAGAACCAGUACUCCUUCUACUAGCCCGGCGCCACGGCCCUGGGGCCACCGGACCCGCCUGGCAACCGCCCUCGUGUCCGUCCGUCCAGCCACCCUGCUUCCCUGCAGGUGUCAGCCCCAGUCCAGCGCUGGGUGGGAAAAGCGAAGCUCUUCAAUGAAGACAUAAAUGUUAUUAAAGAGCCUGU